UCGUCAAGUAACUCAUAACCUAUUCUCUCUCUCCUGUAUUUUGAAUCAGCGAGUUUCAAGUGAAACCCUAGAUCGUCAUGUCUGGCAUGUACAAUCAAGACGGUGGAGAUCCUUCCUAUGGAGGCGGUGGAGGUGGUGGUUACGGAGGUUAUGGAGGCGAUAGUGGCGGAGGAUAUGGUGGUGGUGGUCGUGGUGGUGGGGGAUAUGGUGGUGGACGGGGCGGUGGAAGAGGAGGUGGUGGCGGAGGAGGAGGAGGAUACGGUGGCCCUUCGCAAAAUCGAGGAGGGGAUCGCGGUGGAAGAGGAGGUGGUGGCAGAGGAGGCGGCGGCCGUGGCGGAGGCGGCAGAGACGGGGACUGGAAGUGCCCCAAUCCUAGCUGUGGUAAUUUGAACUUUGCAAGAAGGGUUGAGUGUAACAAAUGUGGUGCACCCUCACCUGCGGGUGCAGGUGAUCGCGGUGGAUAGCGGUGGGGUGGCUAUAACAGAGGAGGAAACAGUGGUGGCUAUGGUGGUAAUCGAGGUGGUAGAAGUGAUGGUGGGCGAAGUGGCAAUUAUGAAGGAGGUAGAGGUGGUAAUUAUGAAGGUCGAAAUGGGGCCAAUAGAGGUGGCUCAUAUGGUGCUAAUCAGGGAAGAGAAGAUAGCGGUUAUGGUCAGGUUCCUGUUCCUGCACCUGCUUCUGCAUCUUAUGGUGGCACUGCUGGAAAUUAUCCUCCGCCUAAUUCUUAUGGUGGGAAUACAAAUUAUUCAAUGGAGGCAGUCCCUCCCCCUACUAGCUACACUGGUGGGCCUGCAUCAUAUCCCCCGUCCUAUGGCGGUCCUGCAGGUGGUUACGGCGGUGAUGGUUUCAGUGAUGCAAGGGGUGGUGGACGUAAUGGUCCACCUGGUGGAUAUGAUGGUGGGUAUGGUGCUGGUGGUCCACGACAUCAGGGAGGUGGUUAUGGUGGUGGUGGUCCUGCUGAUGUGGCGGCUAAGGUCAAACAGUGUGAUGGCAACUGUGAUAGUUCUUGUGACAACUCAAGGAUAUACAUAUCAAAUCUGCCGCCAGAUGUGACUAUUGAAGAAUUGAGAGAACUUUUUGGAGGCAUUGGAACAGUGGGACGAAUCAAGCAGAAGCGAGGCUACAAAGAUCAAUGGCCAUGGAACAUAAAGAUAUAUACGGAUGAGAAAGGAAACAACAAAGGUGAUGCGGUUUUGUCCUAUGAAGAUCCCGCUGCUGCACAUGCUGCUGGUGGAUUUUAUCAAGAUCAUGAAUUGAGAGGUCAUAAAAUUAGCGUUGUGAUGGCAGAGAAGACUGCUCUAAGACAUGAGCAUGGGGGUGGUGGUAGAGGUGGCUAUGGCAAUGGUGGAGACAGGCGCAACAAUUACAGAGACGGUGGAGGUUCUGGGCCAGAUAGGCAUUACCACGGGGGAAACCGUUCUCGUCCAUACUGAGAGACUUUCAGCUCUGAGUGUUUUAUGUACUAAAAAUAGUGGUCUGAGGGAUUUUAAUAAUGUUCCAUUCGCGAGGUUGUUCUUUAACUGGGGACUAAGAGGUAGGUUGUUCACUUAACCUGGACAAUGCCCCUUCUCCUUUAUCUAUUAUCUGCCGCCAUUUGGAGGGGUUUAUAUUUUAGGCUUGGGGUUGAUUUAACUGUGUGAAUCUUUUUAUAGAGGCAAGUGGACAAUCAAAUUGCUUGCUGCUAAGGUAGGUUGAUAAUUUCAGGUGAGUGCUGCUCUUUCAAAUCA